CCAGCUAAGAAGAAUGUUGGUGUUUCUGCUUCUAUCUAAUCUCUCAUUCUCAGGUGCUGUGCAGAGUGGCAUCUUUGGAGGUCGUGAGGCCAAGCCCCACUCCAGACCCUACAUGGCUUCACUGCAGACGGGGGGACACCACGUGUGUGGAGGUGUACUGAUCAGGCAGGACUACGUACUGACUGCUGCACACUGUCUCAAUGAUAGGCCCACAGAGGUGCUCCUUGGCGCUCACAACAUCAGCAUGAAGGAGGGUUCUCAGCAAAGGGUCAAGAUAGCUGCCAUACACAAGAACCCCCUCCAUCUGAACCCUAAGGAACACUUAUAUGACAUCAUGCUUGUGAAGCUGGCCACAAAAGCCAGAGUGAAUGGGAAAGUGCAAGUCCUGGACCUGCCAGCAGAGGGCGCUAAAGGGCUGGAGUGCUCAGUAGCAGGGUGGGGGAUGGCAGCCCCAAAAUCCAGCGCUCAGAGUGUCCUACAGGAGGCAGCAGUUCAGCUGGAUGACCCCAGCCAGUGCAGGUGUGUGUUUGGCGAUUCUGGAGGUCCUCUCGUCUGUCAGUCAAAGUUGUAUGGCAUAGUGGCUUACACGGCUACGCGCUGCAACAGCUACCGCUACCCUCAGGUCUACAUGAACGUGUCCUUCUUCCUGCCCUGGAUCCGGGAGGUUCUGGAAGGAAGCGCCUGA